AUGUUUAACCAUCAAGCAGGCGGAUCUCGCCCUUCCAACAACAAUAACAACAAUGGAGAUCCAUCAUAUGGUUUCGCUAACCAAGGCUGGCAACGGUUCAAUAUGGACAACAAUAACACCAACAGCUUCCCGACGAGUCACUCGCAAGCAUAUCAGGAUUCUGGCGCAUCUUUCGGCGACUCGUCCGGCAUGGACUGGGCGCCAACACCGUCGGCGGAAUAUGGAAUGCGAUUCGAUCAACAGGACUCCAUGUCCCAGGAUGUUGAAUUUGACGAUAUGAGCUCUUCUCAUGGAGGAGGAGGUGGCGUCAGUCGACUGAUUUCGCAAUUCGAGAACAAGUCAUUUGCACCGCCAUUGCCUCCGAGACCAUCGAAUGUCGUAACGAGCCCAGUACAUCAGGAUCCUCCCGUAUCUUCGCCGUUUGGGAACUUCAGUGUUGCUUCGCCCAUCGUUACGAGUCCUCUCGCCAGUCCUGCAGAACCCAACUAUGGACUUUUGAGCGGCCACUCACGAAUCACCAGUCCUCUCGUUAGCCCACCGCCCGCACUCGCUUUUGGCGGUUAUCAUGAUAUCCCACCAGUCCACAGUCCAGGUAUUGGACCAUCGUCCUUUGGAAGUAUGAACGGCUUCAUGAUGAACAACAAUAGAGUACAAACCCCAAUGGAAUCAACUCCUAUGACUGGUUCAUCAAUGAUGCACAAUCCAGUAAUGAGUAACAAAGUUACUUCACCCAGUUCAACAACUCCAGGUGUUCCAGGCACACCUGGGUUUGCGAUCUGGCGACCACCCGUGCCAACGACCUCUAAGCCCUCUUUGGAUCAGCAAGGUAGCAAUAACUCCGGUGGUUAUUUUGCAAAGCCACCAAUUCCCUCGACACCUAAGCCCGUGAUGAACGCUGGAAGCCAGCUGGUUUUGGAUUUCAACACCAAUUCCAGCUUUAAUGUCAAAGGCAAAGCUCCCGCCAAGCCGCCUGCAAAACCACCCAGGCCUAUCCGCCAGCCCUCACGAUCAUCAAUAUCAACACCGACACCCUUUAGCCCUACUAUCAAACGUGAACCCUCCACGCCGCAAUUGUCUCAGGUUCCGGCCUCUUCCCUUGUCUCACCGAAUGAACGAAGAAGUUCGGUAUCUCAACGAUCACAAAUGGGAAGUCGUCCCUCGAGAGAGCAAGUGCCUGCCGAGGCUUGGGAAUCGUUCAAAAACACAAUCCGAACUCUCUACCUCGAAGAGAGGAAGCCACUCAAAGAGGUCAUGUCAGUCAUGGCCGAUAAGUAUGGUUUCCAAGCGACACCGAAGAUGUAUAAGACCCGUUUCUCGCAAUGGGGUUUUGUCAAGAAUAACACCGAGGAUGAAGUCAAACGCCUGCUGUCUAUGAAGUUUCAGCGUGACGCCGAAGGAAAGGUGUCUGAAUUCGUCCGCAACGGAAAAGUGGUCAAUUUGAGCACGUAUCUGAAGAGGAAAGGCGUAACUGAGUACGACUUAGUCGACUUCGAUUUAACAGCUGAUCUGCCUGCACACAUCCGAUGCCGAACCCCAACACCGCCUCCCACGCCAGGUUAUCUUCAAUCACCGGAUCUCAUUCGAGCUCAAGAAACAAUCGUUACAAAUAUGAGGAAAGCAUUUUUGCAAUGUCGACAAUUUGAGGUGGAAACCGAUGCUCAAAUUGGGUGGCAGGUGAUCAUGGUGUGGGGGGCUGAUUCCAGUGAUCUUCUCCUCGAAGCCAAUCACUACUUUGAAAUGAAGGACCACGAUCAAGGCGGCCACUUCUUGAUGAAGGCCUUCACACAACUCGAAUCAGAUUUGAAGAAGCUUUCCCCGCAAGGCAUUAUAGAGGUGCUUCUGGGUAUGGUUCAUCGUGAUCCAGGCAUGAUGACUGCGCUCUGCAAGUAUCUCGCAGCUUACUCGACGACCAACUUUGAGCGAUCGCAUCCUUUGCGGCAGAUCUUUGCCUGCCUGUAUGAAGUUCAGCAGAAGCAUGGCCCCCAGACACUUUCGGAGCUUCUAUGGGGUAGUAUACCCACAAUCGCUGAAGAACUGGAAGCCAUUUAUGGGCGUAAACAUCCUUAUGUGGCCCGAACAUGGGUCGAUCUGGCCAUGUUCCAUAACCAUGUUGACCAGGAACGACUGGAGAAACUGGUGGUAGAACUCCGACUCCUGCAGCGGCAGAUGGAGCAACGACUGGGUAACGAAAGUGCCGAGGUUCUUGUAUUGCGAUAUACAAUCCUCCAGCUGAUGUUUGCGGCAUAUCCCCAAUCCGAUCAGACAAAACAGGCCACCAUCGAUUUCUGGCACCACAUGAGAGGAAUGAAUCUCAUCUUCCCUGUUCGCAGCCAGCAGCCAAACGUCUUCUGCUACCACAGUCCUGUCAAGGUGGAUCCAUGGACAAAGCGAUGUCGGCGUCGAUACGAGUCGGGCAUUACGUUCCUUCAAGAACAUGUCGGGGUCCGCGUUAUAGUAUAUUUCGAGGAAGACUUCCACACAACGGAACAUGCACCGGAGCAUAUGCCACAUCAGCAUCAGCAACGCCAAUAUCAACAGAGCCACCAGCAGCGACAGUCGCAGCAACAACAGCAGCGUCCACAAGAAUUGCAGGCACAGGACUCGUGGGCGGCUGCAAUGGGGCAGCAGAUCUCAAACGGAAGAUAUUCGUUAUUCUGA